UGGGGGAUGGGGGUGGUAGCAAGUACCACUCCAUACAGAAAGAGGUCUUGCCAAUGACUAAGCGUGUGUUCCUGGCUAAUCGUGAAUAAUUUAGGUGUAUCGAGUUCAAUGGGAACUGGAGUAAGAAUGGGAAAGGAGGGGAAGAAAGGCAAGAAACCAAAAGAGACUGAUUACCAAUGAGAAAUAAAAACAUUGAACACGGAGCAGUCCCUGUGCAAGAGGAAACAGGCUGAUGAAUGUGUGAUAACCUCUGUGCUUUGAUUGACUUCUUUGAAUUGAUAAAAAAAACACAGAGGAAAUAUCCAUCAGUAGGGGGUGACAGUGGGUUGGCCCUAGGGUGAAGUUCUCUUGAGGGGGAUGAAAACAGAGAAAACAGGGUAGGGUUUCUGGCAAAGCAUCAUUCUUCAGUCCACCUGCAAAGCGGCCUGCUGUGUGGGAGAGCAGCCAGCUCCAGUGGAGGUCCUGCACCUAGCAGAAGGCCAUGCAGCUGUAGCUGUGGUGGCACAGUAAAUAGAAGCUGCGGGUAACUAACAGGCUUGGUUUAAGCACUCUGUAAAGUGGCAGGGUGUAGCUGGCAGUGGCGUGAGGGCUGAAAGAGUGUGAAAACGCACAGGAGAACAGUUUUGCAGCAGGAGAGGGGAGAGUGGAGAGGGAGGCAAGGUCACACAGGCCACUCGAAACGUGGCGGGCAAGAGCAAGUGUCUAGACAGACUAGUGGUGUGGACAGGCCACAGGAACGCAGGGAGGGGGUGGGAGAAGAUGGAGGGCAAGAGGCUGGGAGUGGCAGGCGGUACUGAUAGAUCCCCGAUGUCGUUCAAGAUGGAGCCCGGCGGGCAGCCCCAGCAUCGUGGGGGCAGCGGGGGCAGCUGCAGCGGCGGGGGAGAGAUGGCUAGCGCAGUGGGGCCCAUCCUGUUGUGGCUGCAGGAUGUGGUGGUGCUGGCACUACUCAGGGGGCGGCGGACUCUCCUCCAGGCUGCCAUCCUGCUCUGUGUGCUGGUGCUGCUGCUCUGGGUGGCCAUCUUCCUCUAUGGCAGCUUCUACUACUCCUACAUGCCCACCGCCAGCUUCAGGAUGCCCAUACACUACCACUACAGGACAGAUUGUGACUCCAGCAGCAGAGACCUUUGUUCCUUUCCAAUGGCUAAUGUGUCCCUGCUGAGGAAUGGCCGAGAUCAGGUGAUGAUAUAUGGCCAGCCCUACCGGAUCUCUCUGGAUCUGGAGAUGCCGGAGUCCCCAGUCAAUCAGGACCUGGGAAUGUUUAUGAUCAGGAUGUCCUGUUAUUCCAGCGAGGGUCGGAGCAUCGCCACCGUUUCCCGCUCAGUAAGCCUGCUCACUUCCUCUGGCUCUCGCACUGCCAUGCUGCACUUCCGAUCCAGCCUGCUGCAGACGAUGGCUACCCUUUUGUUCUCACCACUCCUGCUGUCCGGGAUGUCAGAGCAGAAGCAACUGGUUGAGGUGGAGCUUUUCUCCGCUUAUAAGGAAAACUCUUACCUGCCAACUGUAGGGGCAGUGAUUGAGAUCCAGUCUCUGCAAAUCCAGAUCUACUCUGCUCAGCUGUGGAUCCAUGCUCACUUCACCGGCAUCAGGUACCUCCUAUACAACUUCCCCCUUUUGUCAGGCCUGAUUGGUGUGAUCAGCAACUUUGCCUUCCUCAGCGUGCUGGUUCUCUUCAGCUACCUGCAGUUCAUAUGGGGGAGCAUCUGGCCACCUGAGCAGGUCAGAGUUAGGGUCACAAUGGGUGACAGGACACACCUGCAGCAGAAGAAAGAAGGAGCUUGGAAACACAUCGGCCAGAAUAAAAAAGAAGAGACAGGAAGUGACAACACUCUAGACCUUGCAGGAGGACCCCAUUCUGAGGCAUCUUUUCCAGUGCAUGCAAAGAUGAAAGGGGAGCUGGAGACAGAAUUUCCUGAAACUGUGGGCUCUUUGAAUGUAACAUCAGAUGUGCAAGACAAUAGCACAGCAUUGGAGUCAUCCACAGAGGAGCCCCCCAUUCUCCUUGAAGCUCCUGACAUUUUGGAGACCAUUGUAAGCGAGGAGGACCCUGACCGGAAAGGAGAGGCAGAGGUGGAGGGUGAUGGGGAUUCAGAGGAGGAACCGAGGGUGCCUCCUCCAUUGAACCCUGCCCUGCGCAAGCGCCACACCUCCUGCUUGAGCUCCUGAAAGCGCGGCCGGAAUCGGCACAAAUGUGUAUUUUCUUUUUGCUCUCCUCCCUCAUCACACUCCCUGUGCCUGCAGAAUGAUGUCACACACCAGAGGAGUCUGGUCUUACAGCGAAAACUCAUCACUUCAGUAAACAGAAGUGCUUUUUUUAAGUGGGGGGCUGCUGUCGAGGGGCGCGAAUGCACAUGCAGCACGCACAUGCCCCAUUCACAUUCAAGCUGAAAUGUGUUCACUACAUUCCCCAACUGCUCCUUUCAACUAUUUACCAAGAGAUAGGGCUUGGAAAUCAUACCUUUUUAUGUGUGUUGGCUGCUUUCAUAUUAAAAUGCUGCAGAUUUUAUUGCUAAUAAAAUAAUGAGGAUUAUUUUUUCAUAUUAAGAGGCUAUAAUAAUGAUGAGAAGGCUUAAAUAAUAUUGGGUUGCACUGACUGUAUUUUUCCAUAUUGUUUGUAUUGUUUGGACACAGGGCACAGUAUGAUAGAAGAGCUCCAGUAAAAUCAAUGAAUGUAAGAAAUGGAUGUGGGCUAUGCUGAAUUUAUUCAUGGAAGAACAGUCAGUGCAGGAUGUGUGAGUACAUCCCCAGCUUUUAAGACCUGGGGGCUUAUUAGAGGCCUUGGUGUGCUGGGAUUUUGUGAGCCGUUCCCAGCAACUGUGGUUUUGGUGGGGUCCAGUAGGGGCUUUACGAAGAUCAAUGGUAGCUGUCAAAUGCCCAGUCCUGGUUUUAGAUUGCCCACCUUUUGCAAAAUUUUUGUUACAGUUUUUUAACUUGAAUUUAUAAUUGUAUUCAUUGGAAUUAAGGCCAAAGCUGCCCAUAACAGGACGUGAUUUGUGGCAGGCAUGUUGUUCUCGCAGCAUGUUAAAUAAUGCAUUAAUGUGUACUAACAUUGUCAGAGUAUUCAGAUGUUCUUUUGUUCAAACUUCAGCUAUGUAGCCAAGCACAGACUGAAACAUUCCUUUUGGUUUGCGUUUAUUUUUUCAAGGACCCCGUAA